AUGUGCACUCACAGUCUCACAACCUUGAACCUGUACUUAUCUUGCAUCCUGGCGCUCCUGGAGGAAUCGGCUGAAGUGGAUAUAUUCUCAUCGUUGAAGAACUUGUUUGAGAAAAAUUGGGCAUUUCGUCGAUCACUGGCGCUGAUGGCAGUUGGUUUUGGGGUUGGAAUGGUUUACUACGACAUGCCUUUUGGGGGUCGGGAACUUUGGAUUCAAUAUGUACCUUAG